AUGGAAAGCCUCAAAGGACAAUUUACCAUCCAGGUCGAUAGCCAGUCCGUCAGCAUGCCUGAGAACAUCAAUGAGUCUCGAGUCCACGCGUCGCUCGGCCCAACAACACCUGCGGUCUUCACACUGGUAGACGGCUAUCUAAAGUCCGGCGGUUGGAUUCUGGGCAGAGCCUUACUCGAGGAUCGAAGUUUGCUUCCUAAAAAGAUUUAUUGGUUCGAUGAGCAGCAAUCGGAUUUGGGCUCGAUCCAGAAGACUCGAGCUGUUCCGGAGGAGACUCGCGCACCGUUGAUUGCUCCUAAUGGGCUUUUGCUUGCAGAUUUGAUGAGAGGUAUGAUCAUUCGCGAAAUUGCUUUUGUGAUGAAAUAUUGA